AUGCUUGACGUCCUGCGGGACGAGGACCUGUCUCCCGAACGCCCAAAGCGGAGGCCGGUGUCGUCUAAGCUCAUUGGAGAUACCAAUCCGCUCUCUGCUUUGCUCCGUCGCGAGUUGAAGCAUAAGAUCAUCACCAAUUUGUGUUCUUUCCGGGCCCCCGAUCCAUCUGACUCCCAGAGGUUGAGCAUUUGUCGAUUGCCAACAGGCAGUGGCUGGGACUGGAAGACGCACUACACGAGCAUUGAUUUAUCCCCAGCGAAGUUGCAGUACCUCGACGCUCUGGGGUGCUUUAGGUCACCCAGGCCAUCGCACAGCGGCCAGCUGUUAGACGUAUACUUUACACAUGUUCACCCGUACUUGCCUGUCAUCGAUCGAGCCGAGUUUCUUUCUCGCUUUUUUGGGCAUGGCGAACCACCACCAUUGGUGCGCAUUUUGGCUGUUUUCCUUGCCGCCGCCCGAUAUUGCGACAAAUCAUUUGAUGAGACAUUGGUCUCAAAAGACGAGGGCGAUGACGUGCGAAGCAUCUGCGACAUCCUCUACCAUAGGCUUCGAGCGCUAGUUGACGUCGACGUGGGAUCCCAACGCCUCGCUGUGCUUCAAGCCUCGAUCCUGGCCAGUCUGCAUUGGGAGGGCCGGGAAGGCGUGAACUCGUCUCUUGACGCAUUGGCAAUCUCAGUCCGCAUAGCCCAGGAAAUGGGCCUCCACCGUCGGGACGAAGUAUGUGUGAGUAACCCGACGACUCGGUUACAGAAACGCAUGUGGUGGUCAAUCUUUGCAAUGGACCGAAUGAAUGCCGCCAUGGAGGGGACUUCUUUCCUGAUCAACGAGUUAGACUGCGAUGUGCCGCCGCUUGUAGCCGAGGACUUUGUAGAUGACGAGGCCGUUCGAGACGCGGCCCUUCUGAACUGUGAUUUGGCGUUGAUCAUUAACGACUCUGUGCGCUGGUUGUACUCUCCUAGCGUCCGGCGUGACACCAUAUUCACCAGGGCCGGGGAGAUGCAGCGCGAUCACAUAACACGACAGCUAGCUCAGCUCGAUGAACGAGCAUUGCUGCUGGAUCCCUACUCAGAGCAGUGCAUUAUCUUUCGCACCCAUAUCAACGCAGUACGGAUUCUCGUGCAUAGACCAUUCUUACUGCAUCGGGAGACGAGCAUGUGCCAGAUCAGCGGUGGACUGGCGUGCUACACAUCUCGCGAGCACUGCCGUGCAUGGGCGACAGAGACGGUAGGCGCUCUUCAGUCGCUGCAGUUCACGGGACAUAAAUGCUGCACGUGGCCGUUCACGGUAUACGCAAUCGUUAACGUCCUGCUUAUCUUCUGGUAUGACCUCAGCUCGCCGCAGACUGGAAGCGAAACAGCGGCUACACGAAGAUCUUUCGAGAUGAUAGUCCACCUUCUCCAUGAUAUCGGGGAAACCUGGUGGGCAGCCGCUGCAAAACAUAAACUGGCCGAGGCGCUGUUGCACAUCGCCGAUCGCCUACAUGAGAAACAAAAGACCAAAGGUGUCAACAUCGAAGGAGAGGCCAUGAUAUACGACCGGAGCGCUCGUGAGCAGCCGAACUCGCAGGACAUCGCUACCAUGCCCUCAUUGCCAUUCACAUUGCCGGAAAACUUAUCCAGCUCUGGAACCAUCUACGAAGGCGGGGUUGACAACCUGGACGAGGCAUCGCAAUUUUGGGCGGCGCUGGGCCUCGAUUUUGAGACCGACUUGGCUCAAGGUAUUUACAGUGUCUAUUGA